AUGCCCGAACCAAUGGAGAAUGUAGAUCUGGAUGUGCUGCCGGAGAUAAUGUCUCCGGUACCGAGUGUAACCUCGGUCCCACCUGCCAGCGCAUCACCGAGCCUACGCUCACUGAGAAAGAGCUCGGCGAUGUCCCGCGCGUCAACAGGUUCUUCGAGUAGCAGUAACAGCGGCUCCGGCAGUAGCAAUGCCAAAAUGGGGGAUUUCGAGAUCUGUUUUGAAGGCAUCGUGGAUAAAAAAUAUGAAUGUGCUGCUUGUUGCCAAGUGUUAAGAUACCCGGUACAGUUUGAAGACUGUGGACAUCGUGUGUGUUCAUCGUGCCUACCUGAUCUCUUACGGGUGUCUCCGAGAUGUCCAAUUGACCAGGCACCUGUGACAAGGGACAGGGUGUACGUCGACACACCGUUCGGAAAAGAGAUCGGCAAUCUUGCUGUGAAAUGUUGCAACAAUGCAAAAGGUUGUGAUUGGACAGGUAUACUGCAGAAUGUCAAGGACCAUAUGGACAAUUGUGGCCACAUCGUGGUGGAUUGUCCAAACGCUUGUGGCGCUCACUUUGAGAAGCGUUUCUUGGAAGGUCAUGUGACUGAAGAUUGUCACAAACGCACCGUUCAGUGCGAUUUCUGUCAAAAGACAGUUUUUUACAAGGACGAGAUAGUUCAUAUGAAUGCGUGUAAGAUGUUCCCAGUUAUGUGUCCCAAUGGAUGUAAUGAGACUGAUAUACCACGUGGUGAUGUCAAAGCUCACUGCGACACUGAUUGCCCGAAAGCAAAGAUACCAUGUCCAUUUACAAUCUGCGGAUGCGAUUACAAGUGUGAGAGACAGAAGAUGUCGAAACACAUCAAGGAUGAACCAACGCAACAUUUGACUAUGGUCGGCGACACUGUGGUUAAACACGUUGAAUUACUCGACAAGCACCAAGAAACCUUAAACGACCACAAGGAGCAACUCGUAGAUUGCCGCCAGAAGGUGCACGACCUCGAGAAGAUGUACGGUUCACAGCUUGUGUGGAAGAUUGAUCGAUACGCUGAAAGGGUUCAGGAGGCCAAAUCGGGAAAGAAACCUACAAUAUUCAGUCCGCCGUUCCUGACUAGUCGUCAUGGUUACAAACUGGCUGUGUCAUUGUGCUUGAAUGGUGAUGGAAAAGCCAAGAACCACUUCAUGUCUAUUUUUGUCUGCAUCUGCCGGGGUGAAUAUGAUGCAUUGUUGCCGUGGCCGUUCAGUCAUCGCAUUGUCUUUACAGUCAUCGACCAGUGCCAGGACCCAGCAGCCCGGCGUAACAUCGCCUAUCAAAUCAAACCGAACAUCUGCAAAGAGAACAGACCUUUUCUAGGGAGACCGAGCGGGGAGCGGAAUGCCAGCUUUGGCACACAGAAGAUGGUACCAUUGGCAACUAUAAAAACGCUCGACUACAUCAGAGACGACACUUUGUUUAUCAAAGUGCACGUUGACCAUGAUCAAAUGAUCCUCUUGUAA